AUAAAACCCUACAUCCUCGUCAUCAUCAUAACAACCGUUAUAUCAGGAACUAUAAUCGUCCUUACAAGCUCCCACUGACUAUUAACUUGAAUCGGCUUCGAAAUAAACAUACUAGCGAUCAUCCCAAUCCUAAUAAAAAACUAUAACCCACGAGCCAUAGAAGCAUCCACAAAAUACUUCCUAACACAAGCCACCGCAUCAAUACUCCUAAUAAUAGGCAUCAUCAUCAACCUUAUAUUCUCAGGACAAUGAACAAUCUCAAAAAUCCCAAAUCCAAUCGCAUCAGGCCUAAUCACCAUCGCCCUAGCAAUAAAACUAGGCAUAGCCCCCUUCCACUUCUGAGUACCCGAAGUAACACAGGGAAUCUCAUUACCCUCAGGCAUAAUCUUACUCACAUGACAAAAAAUCGCGCCCUUAUCCGUCCUCUACCAAAUCUCACCAUCCAUCAACCCCAAACUAAUAAUUCCCAUAGCAAUCGCAUCAGUACUAGUAGGAGGCUGAGGAGGACUUAACCAAACUCAACUCCGAAAAAUCCUAGCUUACUCAUCAAUUGCCCACAUGGGAUGAAUAGCCGUUAUCCUUGCAUACAAUCCUACCCUUAUACUCCUAAACUUCACAAUCUAUAUUAUAAUAACCCUAAGCACAUUUAUACUAUUUAUUCACAACUCAUCCACAACAAUAUCAUCACUAUCACAAACAUGAAACAAACUUCCACUCGUAACAUCACUAAUCCUGAUACUAAUACUAUCACUAGGAGGCCUACCACCAUUAUCAGGAUUUACACCUAAAUGAAUAAUCAUCCAAGAGUUAACAAAAAAUGAUAUAAUUAUCCUACCAACAUUCAUAGCCAUCACAGCACUCCUAAACCUAUACUUCUACAUACGACUAUCCUACACCACAACACUAACUAUAUUCCCCUCAGCAAAUAACAUAAAAAUAAAAUGACAAUUCGAAAGCACAAAGAAAAUCAUCCUUCUACCACCACUAAUCAUCACCUCAACCAUACUACUUCCCAUAACCCCAAUAAUAUCAAUCCUGGAAUAG